CCGCCGGCUCCCCCCGCCGAUGACGGCAUGACCUGGUGGUACAGGUGGCUCUGCAGGAUUGCCGGGGUCGUCGGGGGCGUGUCCUGUGCCUUUGCUGGCCUCUGGAACUGCGUCACCAUCAACCCUCUGAACAUAGCGGCUGGCGUGUGGAUGAUGCUCAACGCCUUCGUGCUGUUCCUGUGCGAAGCCCCCUUCUGCUGCCAGUUCAUCGAAUUCGCCAACGCAGUGGCCACGAGAGCGGACAAGCUGCGGCCCUGGCAGAAAGCUGCUUUCUACUGCGGGAUGGCCGUGUUCCCCGUCAUGCUCAGCCUGACCCUGACCACGCUCUUUGGAAACGCCAUCGCGUUUGCAACUGGCGUGCUUUAUGGCCUCUCGGCUCUCGGCAAAAAGGGAGAUGCCAUUUCCUACGCUCGGAUCCAGCAGCAGAAGCAGAUGGACGAAGAGAAGCUCACGGGGACCCUGGAGGGACAGGCUCUCUGAAGCACGUGAGCUCGGGGUAACCUCUCUUGGACACUGAGACACUGAUGAAGACAUGGAAAUCCGCUCUGCCUUCCCUCUGCCUGCUCCCCUCGCUGUUACUCCAUGGUUUUCUCAGACACUGCAGCAACUGGAAAUCUCAGGGGCUGGGGCGGGCUGUGUCCCUGCUCACACUAGCAGCCAGGCCUCAGCGUGUUGGCCCCUCUCUCCUCCCUGCCCACUCAGAGGUUUGACCCAAACAUCUCACAGCCCCUUUUUUUUUUUUUUUUUUUUUUGCUGCAGGGGUGCUGGCCCUUUGAGUGCUACUUUACAUGCUAAACGUGUAGCCUUUCUUCGGCGUGGCCCCCGGUUAACAUCCGGGGCCGUGACGAGCCCGCCGUGUUUUGCUGAGGUGUGAGACUCUAAUCCAGAGUUUAGCAAUACUUAGUGAUGCUUGAGCUUGGACUUCUUUCAUUGAAUAGGUUUUAAUUAGGGUCCAGUUAGGUCAGGCACUGGAGGCAUCACUGCACUGUAAAGGACUUCUAGCAAAAAACUCGCAUGAAGACAAUGACCAUCUCUACAGAGGAGUUGCCAGAAGUUUUGGGGCGGAUCUUGAUACCUAAAAGCACAGUCCCCCCUUCCUCUGCAUACAGCUGCAGGCAGUUGCUGCAAUUUGUUUGAAACAUAUGAAUUAAUUACUUUGUCUUAAUAAUGGUACUUUUCUUACGCUUCACCCUUUCACUGAGGGAGAAGGGAAGUGAGGUUUGCUUUACCUCAGCUGAAAAGGGAUAAUAAUAUUCCUUGAGCCAAGCAAGGGCUUUUUGCUGGUGUAGCUAAGCGUUACAGAUGCGAAAGAGGGUCCUUCUUUCAUGAGCCAGGACUCUGGUCUGGCAUCUGCCUCUGCGUCCGCUCCCGUAGCACAUGGGACCUGCUCUUUGCUUCUGUCUGGUACAGUCUUUGCCUUCGGGCUCAUGUUUGCAUCAGUCCUGGGCAAGUUUGGUGUGGGAAGGUGGCCCAUCCUUCCCUUGCAAACGCAGAGCCAUCUGUACCAUUUCAGUGUGCCUGGCAGGUUACAGGCCAGGACGUCUCACUGCUUUAUUCCAGGCUCCAUCAGUGGUGCUCCUGUCUUAUUCUCUAUUUGGUUUGUAUCAUGCAGACCAGAACGGCUCUCUAAUCCAGAUCCCCUGCUUCUCGUCACAGUCUUUUCUGGGGGAGUUUUAAUUUAUUUGAAUUUACGUGAUUGCUUUUUGUUCUGAUUAGGAAAAGGAAGAAUAAUUUAUUUCUAGUUAUUUAAAUAAUUUGAUGGGACUCAUUCUCUCUGGACGUAGGAGAAAGGAGUGCUCUGUUUCCUGUAGUUCAAAGCAAUGUCUCGUUUAAUUUCGAGUGUCUCUCUCCGGACCCAGGGAGAACCCUGGCUGCUGUAGUCGAGGUACUGUAAAACCCUAUUUCAGCCUUGAGAGUGUUUCUCAGACUUUUGGAAAGCGUGUUUCCCUUUUUAACUCCUCUGUCUUCUUCUGGGCCGCUGACUUGACAGAAGUUUGUUUUCCCCCUCUUCCAGGAGAGAGAAGUGAGAAAAAACAGGCUGCAACUCCUGGAUUUGAGGGUUUGUACUCGCUCCAGCAAUUAAGGCAGUUAGCAGCUGUGGUGAGUACUUGUAGCCGGUAACUGCAGCCUGUUUGUACUCCCCUGCUCCGAGAGCUGAGCUCCUGCUGCCACCUAACACUUUGUUGUCCCAUUUGAAUCACUUGGGCACCCGAGGGGUCACGCGCUGCGGUCUGAGAAACGCUGCUGCAGCUUGAGGGCUGUUUGUCCGAGGAAGGAUCUGUCACCCGGCUGCUCUGUGGCUUUUGAGCAGUGUCAUGUUGGUCGCUGUUUAUAUAACCACGUCCUAAACAUAUUUGCGUUAAUUGAAUGACACCAAAAUAGCCCUAGCAGUACCUGGGGUGGCCCCGGUGCUGGAGAGAGUGGCUAAGUACUGCUGUAGUGUGUGUGCGCUGCAGCAGGAGCACGGAGAUCCCUGGAGGUUAGGGGGCUAAGCUGGCAGCUGAUGUUAUUUGUUGUUUCUUUGGUGGAGUUCAGGGAGGUGUGAAGAUUUACACCAGUCAGGAACACAGCUUGGGUUUAUUUACAUGCACAGCCCCUUGUGGCUGGAUGCUGGGGAGCUACUUUGUGCUAAGCCCCCUUUCCCCCAGGCCUCUGUACUGUAAUUGCUCUGACACCAGCUUGUCUGGGACACGGAAUAGGCACCGUCAGCCCAGAGGCAGCUUGUUUCAAUAAAGGCUCUCCUGUUUCUGAGCCACCAGCUCUGGGCUGGUCCAUGUUGCUGCAUGGAGUACCUGGGGCAUUGGCCUUCCUUUUGUGUGUGUGUGUGUGUGUGUGUGUGCAGGGACCACAGCCUCCUGCGUCGUUGAUGCUUCCUGCAGUAAUAGGGCAGUGCAAGAGGAACACACUGCAGUCCAUGGGAUACCUCUGAAUAAGGCCUGCGGUGAAGCGCAGGUGGGUAAUGGCUUCCCUUCUCUGUGAGCUAGCAAUGUCCCUAGGCAGUAUCUUUGCUGGAUGGUUAAAGCACAGAGUCCUGCCUAGUGAACAGGGCAUCUGCAUUGAUUUCAGGGGGGUUUUAGGGGGUUAAGUAGUGUUUAGUAGAAGAAUGUUGCAGACUGACGCACGUGCAUGUCUUUGGUAGUGACUGCUUUGUGCUGUGAGUAGCUGCACGGUAGCUUUAGUGAAAGGAGAUGAAGGGCAAAGCAGAGGCAAUGGAGUAACAUUUGCAGUCUGAGCUACACCCGCAGGGAGGAACCACAGAAAUGGGCAGGACCCAUGCUGGCUUCAUCCGACUGCUGAUGGUCCGUGGCAGUAGGAUGAUCCCUGGGGCUGGCACAUGCAAGCGCUGCUCCUGGUCCGCUUGCACGGCAGAUAGGUCAGCUCUGCUCCAUUGGCACCCACGGCAGAAGUCCCUUGGACGACAGCAGUCCUGUCACGCUGUGUUUUGCAGCUGCUGGAGGCUA